AUGGAGCAUGUAAACGGUGAAAUAUUCGUCGUCACAGGUGGAGGACAAGGUCAUCUCCACCCAUGCAUCGAGCUUUGCACACGCCUCACCGCACGCAACUUCAACACUACGCUUGUCAUCCCCGAUCGGGGCAUCGAAACUCCUUUCGAACCUCCCUGGUCGGUCCCCGCAACCCUCCCCCAAUCAUUCAUUCAAAACCCCCUGACUUCUUUUCUUUACAUCACUCCAUCAUCAUCUCUACCCUUUGUGGUUGAUCAAUUCCGCCUGGAAGCAAUCAGUCAGCUCAUGUGCCGCAUCACCGACCACAUCACCUCGGACUCGACACCUCCUAUUAUAUGCGCAAUCGUCGAUCUUCAAAUGGAAUGGACUAAAGAUAUUUUUGCCAAAUGUAAUAUUCCAGUUGUGACCUUUGUUUCCUUCGGCGCAUGUGCUGCAUCUAUGAUGUCUCACGUGAUGAAAUUGAAAGCAGCGGCUGAGAAAUUUGAAACUGGAGAGCAAAAGAAAACCAUAGAGGGAUUGCCGGUGGAGAUAUCCAUUACACCAGAAGAUUACAGACGUUUUGACCGGGAAGUGUUUGCAGGUCUGACGCCACCUGAAGACCCUGAUUUCGAUCGCACCCCGUUUUCUGAACCCCCCGAACCAGGAAAUCUACCGCGAUGGUUUGUGGCAAUCAAUGGCACCAUUGGAAUAAUGUACAAUACAUGUGAAGAAUUGGAAAAACCAUUUCUCGACUACAUAAUGACCGAGUUGAAAAUCUACAUGCCUGAUUGGAACGUGCCUAUUUGGGACGUGGGACCCCUUCUCCCUGAAACAUACUGGAAAUCUGCAAAUGAUAGUUCGCUCAUCAGAGGGAGACGGUCUCAACGCUUAUCGAAUCAUUCAGAAGAGGAGGUUCUGGCGUGGCUAGAUUCGAAAGAACAGGAUGAGGUGCUUUACAUCGCAUUUGGAAGUGACGUCGGUCCUGACAUGGUUGAGUAUUCUCACAUUGCAAACGCGUUGCAACAUUCCUGCAUCUCGUUUAUUUGGGUCAUACCCCCACUAGCUGGUAUACCCAAAGAGUCACGAGAAUGCGGGGGCUUUUACCCCGAGGAUCUCGCUCUCAAGGUAGGAAAACGCGGUCUUGUAGUUUAUGGCUGGGCCCCACAACUUCUCAUUCUGUCUCAUGUUUCCACGGGAGGUUUCCUAUCGCAUUGUGGAUGGAAUUCUACGGCUGAGGCGAUAGGACGAGGUGUUCCGUUUCUGACUUGGCCGGUCAGGGGAGAUCAGUUUUAUAAUUCGAAAUUGAUUGUGGAUUAUUUGGAGAUUGGAUAUAGAGUUGUGGAGAAUAUGGAAGAUGGGGUAGUGGAACAGGAUAUCAAGAUAGGAAUUGAGAAAUUAAUGGGAGAUGUAGAAAUGAGAGAGAGAGCGAGGGAGUGGAGGGGGAAAUUUCGAAAUGGGUUUCCGGUUUCGUCGGAUUGGAGUUUGAAUGGGUUUAUGCGGUUUGUGAUGGAGAGGAGGGUGUGGUGA